AUAAUUGGUUGUUCAUUUUGAGUCGGUAUAUGCUAUAUGCUAACUCAAUAGUAUAAGUAGAUGUGUAUAAAACCUACUUUGGCUACGUGCGGCGCAUAGAGUGUGUAUAUAAAUAAUUGUCCUGCUGCAAUUACCGCAUAAUCACGCUCCACCGUCAUACGGAGUCUACAUUGAUUAUAUGCCUUUCGUGCACUAAAAUCGACAGCUUAUCUAAAAAAGUCGGCUAUAGCACACGAAUAUUUAUUUGCGGGCGGUGAGGGACGCUAACGCAAUCAGUGUUAGUUUAGAAACGCUCGUACGGGACCGGUACACUUUGUGCAUACUAACAAACCAAUAAAACGGCAAUUAACGGGUCCAAACAAAGUUUGUUUGAUAACAGUUGUAGAGCCGCCGCCGAGCCCGGCCACAGCCGCGCCGCGCCGCACUCCUCGCACACUUUUUAUAAGAGAACUCCUUACAAAACAGCAUGAACCGUGGUGACAAGCUGGCUGUCCGCUGCAGGUACGUGCUGCUUGUGGCCUUCAUCUGCGGCAGCGGAUUUAUUAUGUCAUUACUCUGCAGAAGCGCCGACAUCAUCGUAUUUACAACUGCACCCACCACAGCGUGGGAUCUCCAACAGCACUACCCAAAUAACAUAGAUGAACGUUUCACUAUUCAAACAAAUGGUUGUAACAUUCCAUUAUUACGUCCUUUAGAUGAAAGUAUUAAAAAGUUCUUUGAAUAUCCAUAUCCCUUGAAGCCAAAGCCUUGUCGUGAUUCCAGUAGGGCAUUACUGAUACACAGUGACAAUCGCAUCUCGAUAAAUAUGAGUAAUUUGCAUUACUACAACAUAACUGACGCGAAUAAAUUAUUCUGCUGUUAUCGAGCUUUUUACAGGCCUCUAUACGUUACUGAUAUAACGUCUUUUUUUAUAGAUAACCGUGUUGAAUACGGUGAAUGUUACUAUUUUACUGAAUCAAUACUAGUGAACGAUGAAUUUGCAAAAGUCAACUGUUUUUAUAAUGAAACUACCAAGGUUUAUGAAAAUUUUUACUUGUCUGCACUAAAAAAAGACUUUUUAUAUCAUGAUGGAAGAGGCGAAAUUACUCACAAUAAACGGCUUUAUAAUGUUUUAAUAAUAGGUAUUGAUGCUGUAUCAAGAUUAAACUUUUAUAGGAAAAUGCCUAAAACUGUAUCGUUCUUAAAAGAUAAUGGGGGUGUAGAUUUAGUAGGCUUCAACAAAGUAGGCGAUAACACUUUUCCAAACGUGAUUCCAGUACUACUAGGUAUUCCUGAUACAGAAUUAAAUCAUACCUGUGUACCUUACGAGGGCAUCACUUUUGACAAUUGCCCAUUUAUUUGGGAGCAGUUCAAGAGAGCGGGGUAUUACACAGCACUUGCUGAGGACAGCUCAUUGCUGGGAACCUUCAACUAUUUUAGACCUGGUUUUAGUAGAACGCCAACGGAUUAUUAUAUACACACAUUCAUACAGGAAGCAGAAAUAUAUUCUGGAUAUAACCUGGAUUUUAAUUGCUUUUUGUGCAUGAAUGAUAAAUAUUUUUAUAAAGUCCUCUUAGACUACAUUGAAGGUCUAACGGUCACUUUAGAAAACCAUAAAUUGUUUGGUUUCUUUUGGGAAGUAACAAUGAGCCAUGACUAUCUCAACUAUCCCGUGGUCAUGGACGACAGUUAUCUCAAGUUCUUCGAGAAAUUACAAGCUUCAAAUUACCUAAGUGAAACAAUCGUGUUCCUAAUGAGUGACCAUGGCAUGCGAUGGGGGAAUAUUCGCUUCACUAAACAAGGACGGUUGGAGGAACGCCUGCCACUCAUGUUCAUUUUGCCACCUCUCUCGUUUCGGGAAAAGUACUCAAAUGCUUACAAUAAUUUAAAAUUAAAUAGUAAACGUUUGACCACUCCCUUUGAUAUCCACGAGACUUUGCUGGACCUCAUUAAUUUAAAAAAUAUUACAAAUGAUGCUAUUACCACCAGAACCAGUAAAUAUUAUGCUAAUAAAAGAGGUAUCAGUCUUUUUUUGCCCAUCCCAACUAACCGGACUUGUAAGAUGGCAGGAAUCGAUGAUCACUGGUGUACAUGUCACAAAGGCACUCUACUAUCAAAUGUGAGCUCGGAAGCAUUCCAAGUUUCCACGCAACUUGUAAGACACUUGAAUAUGUUGCUGAAAGAUCACCCAGAAUGUGCAAAAUUAGCACUUGCUGAAAUAAUGGAAAUAAGUGAAAUGGAAGUAGGUGAGCCCGACGACAGUGAAACAGGCUGGAGAGAGUUUAUGGUGAUGGUGCGGACUACACCGGGCGACGGGGUUUUUGAGGCGACGUUGCGGGUCCAGGAACACGAUUGGUCGCUAGCGGGAUCUGCCAGCCGCCUCAACUUGUACGGCGACCAGAGCCGCUGUGUUCACAAUUAUCAACUUAAAUUAUAUUGCUACUGCAUUUAUCGUUAAUCGUUAUUCAUUUUAUGAAAAUAGCACAUAUAGUGUAUUGUGAAGUACGCAUUACUUCAUAAUGUUUUUUAGUACCUACGUAUUCGUAAAUAAUUCAAUAUUUCAUUUAUGAAUUACUUAUUGAACUUUCAUGUUUUACGCUAUUAUUUCCUUUGCGACCACCGCAAACCAUGUUUUCUUGAUAAUGAACCAAUAAAUACUCCUGUAAUCAAUUAAAUUAUGUACACAGUUAACUAUCUCUUUUAGCAAAUGUUAUUAUUAAAUAUAUAUACUUGAAUCACUUCAAUAUGGUAUGUAUUCCAUAUUAUUUAAUGAACUGAAAUAAAACAUAAUACUUACAUAAAAUAGAAGAUCCCU